ACAUGCCUUUCUAAAUUACCCCCCCAUUUCCCCAUCCAUUUCAAUUCCUAUAUCAGUUUAAGAACUGGUACUCAUAAGUCGCGUUCAUGCGUUUGGCACCCUCUGUCUUCACUUCUCAGGUAUGUCAUCACGUCCCAUUCCAGCCAAUCGUCCUAAUCAAUUCGUCACAGGAUUACAUCUCGGAUCACCUCUGGAAAGCCUCUGGAAAUUACUGAACCUACCUGUCGCCCACCCUGCUCAAUUCCUGCUAUACUCUUGAACGAAAUCUCUACUCAAAAUGAUGUUCACCCGACUGAUGAAGGUGAUGCCCACCAGGGCUCCCGCCUGGUCCUCCCCCAUGAGCUCUUCCAUCCAAGCUCGCUUCAUGGCUACUGUUCGCUCCCACAAACCCGCUGAACGGGCUACUUUCACGAUCCGAGAUGGUCCUAUCUUCCACGGAAAGUCCUUCGGAGCUCGUACCAACAUCUCGGGAGAGGCGGUCUUUACCACCUCUCUGGUUGGAUACCCCGAGUCACUGACUGAUCCUUCCUACCGUGGUCAGAUUCUGGUGUUCACCCAGCCUCUGAUCGGUAACUACGGCGUUCCCUCUGCGGAGCGGGAUCAGCACGGUCUGCUCAAGUACUUUGAGUCCCCCAACCUCCAGGCCGCUGGUGUGGUGGUGGCGGAUGUGGCUGAACAGUACAGCCACUGGACCGCAGUCGAGAGCCUGGGCGAGUGGUGCGCUCGUGAGGGCGUUCCAGCUAUCUCCGGUGUCGAUACUCGUGCCAUUGUCACCUAUCUCCGUGAGCAGGGUUCUUCCCUGGCUCGUAUCACCGUCGGUGAGGAAUAUGAUGCGGAUCAGGAUGAGGCCUUUAUCGACCCUGAGCAGAUCCACCUGGUUCGCCAGGUGAGCACCAAGGCUCCCUUCCACGUGAGCGCAGCCGAUCCUCAGUGCCACGUCGCUGUCCUCGACUGCGGUGUCAAGGAGAACAUUCUGCGCAGCCUCGUGAGCCGUGGUGCCAGUGUCACGGUGUUCCCCUUCGACUACCCCAUCCACAAGGUGGCCCACCACUUUGACGGUGUCUUCAUCUCCAACGGCCCUGGCGACCCAACCCACUGCCAGGACACCACCUACCACCUCCGUCGUCUGAUGGAGACCUCUCAGGUCCCCAUCUUCGGUAUCUGCCUGGGCCACCAGCUCCUGGCCUUGGCUACUGGUGCUCGUACCAUCAAGCUCAAGUACGGUAACCGUGCUCACAACAUUCCGGCUCUGGACUUGACCACUGGCCGCUGCCACAUCACCAGCCAGAACCACGGAUAUGCGGUGGACACAUCCACUCUGCCCUCGGACUGGAAGCCCUACUUUGUGAACUUGAACGACUCCAGCAACGAGGGUAUGAUCCACAAGUCUCGCCCCAUCUUCAGCACCCAGUUCCACCCCGAGGCCAAGGGCGGUCCUCUUGACUCCUCUUACCUCUUCGACAUCUACCUUGACAGCGUUCGCAAGUACAAGGCCAGCCAGGCAGCUUUCCACCCUACCCGUGAUAGCCUGCCCAGCCCUCUGCUUGUUGAUCUGCUGCCUAAGGAGCGUGUUGACGUGCACCCCACCACUGGUAUGCAGAAUAUGCAGGCUACUGCUGCCGCUGCCGCUGCUGCCUGAGUGAACGUACGGGAACUGAUAUAUAUAUGGAGUCUGGGUGGAAUAUUAAUUUGGCUAUGGGGUUUGUUUGGGUCUUGUUUAUAGUUCGGUCAAAAUAUUUUUCAUUGAAUAUAUCUUUUUUGAUGCAAAAAGUGCAUUUCUGUAUCGAAACAUGUCAUCAUACGCUUGGUAGUCGCCAGAGCUAGUAAAAAUCAUUCGAGGAGGCAAUUUCAACGCUGAAAGACCCUAGGACGCGUGUAGGCUUCAAUAUCAUAACU